AUGACAACAACUCAACCAAUCUUGGUAUUGCGUCUGCAGUAGGCCCGCAUGCUGAACUGUGCGACCCACCUACACAGAAGCUAAAGUAUUCCGCGAAAACGCCCGGUCGUACAACAACGCGCCGUCUUUCACUUCGCUCGCUGCUCACUUCAACCAGACACGACUGGGCACUCUAGGACCUCCCGUGUUUCGCGUGUUCGGUCGCCUCUAUCAUCGACUCGGUGCCCUGAUCCCUGCGAUGAAUCAACGCCCAGCCCUUGCUCAGACAUGGCUCAUCGACCCGGCCGAGGCCACCGACACUCGACUUGGACCCGACAGCCCAGACAGUCGCAUACAAAGAUCUACGUUGACCAAGCUCGAGUCCAAGUUGCGUACCGACAAUCGCUUUGUGAGGGAGUUUGCAUUGGCCAAAGCUCGCGCAGGUUGGGAUACGGCCAAAUAGUAGUGGAUCCUGCACCUCUGUAUACCACUAGGCCGAGGCUGACGCACCCACAACCUUCCUACGUCAAGCACGGAAAUGACGAUGCCUAUCUGCGAUUCCGACACCAUCAUGGGAGAUCGUGGACCGCAAGACCUUAUUCUCCAGGUGCACGGUGAUCGAUGUCCCGAUGGUCGGCCCACGUACCAAAUCGUUAGCUCGCUCCGAUGUCUCUCCGGUACAUACUAUUCUUCCCCGCGGGGGAAGAUGGCUUCCACCCCAACAUUCCUCUUUGCGCGUUCAACCAAACACUCUUUGCCAAAAGAUCGCGACGAGGAGGAAGGGGACGAAGAGAAUGGUGAUGGUGAACGUAAGCGUCUUCGGCUCCUUCUCAGGUGUUCCAUUCUGUUAAGGCGCAAGCACAGACUGAUAUUGAAUGUUUGAACACGUAGGACGAAGGUCAAGUAAAGGGGGCCGAGGUGGCGAGUCUCGCGUUCACAAUUCCUUUGCGUACUACUUGCACAAACGCGACGAGCCCGCAUGGCACUCAACGUCCCUUCCCGGCGUUCGUGAUCGAAGGAUACUCCCAGGUUGAGACCGAUCGACUCAACUACAUCCAGUUGCAUCAAGAAAACCCACGCCUCACCACGACCCAAGGCAUCAACGGCUUGACCCCGAACCAAAUUGGACGCUCGAUGACCUUGGGCUCGACGUUCAAGAAUAAACCGCGUGACAUCAUGCAGCGAUACCAGGAUGCGAUGGCGUGCGUUGUCAAACAUGGAAAGCUCUCGCUGCCCAUCACGAUGACGUGCGACCCCGAAUCACCGCAAAUCAAGACUGCACUGGGGCCGAACGACAAAGCAUGCAACCGUCCGGAUCUCAUUGCACGAGUGUUUGAAGCCAAGUCCGGCAACAGGCGACAUGCAGGCUGGGUCGGCGAUGAAUGUAGGAUGA